UUACCUAGUGCUUGUCUCUUGACAUUUAUUCAUAGUUCAUUAGGUUGAGAGGAUACUUGUAAAAAUUGGGCAAUCUUAGCAGAUAGUUUGCGUUAGACUUUAGAAUAUAUUUUAUCUUUCAAGUAUAUUACUUGUAACAUUUGACAGUGAAACUGAAAGAUUGUGAAAAUGGGUAAAGUUAAACGCAUUACGAAGUUCGUGUUUCUGUGUUUUGUAUUGUUGAACUUGGAUUAUGUUACUGUUACUCUGGGUGAUACACCUGCUAACUGCACAUAUGAAGAAGUUAUUGGUAGAUGGUACUUCUUCGAAAGUGAAAGAAGUGGGGAUUCCUCAAUUAACUGUACUACUCUUGGUCCAACAGUACACACAUUACAGAUGACCCUGCUAUUCCCAGAUGUUGUAGUUGAUCAAUAUGGAAACAAAGGAUUCUGGACAGUUGUUUAUAAUCAAGGCUUUGAGGUGGUUAUUAAUUAUCGAAAGUAUUAUGCAUUUUCGGCAUAUAAGAACAGUCAUGGAAAUGUCACUAGUAUAUGUGAUCAAACCCUGCCUGGUUGGUCACAUGACAUUCUUGGUAACAACUGGGCUUGUUAUGUGGGAAAGAAAACAACUUCAGUACCGCCUAAGCACCAUGUAGAAAAACCAGUCUUGGAGAAUAGUUUGCAUAAGACAAACUUUGCCUUUCUGCAUAAAAUCAAUAACAAGUCCUCCUCCUGGAAAGCACGUUGGUAUCCAGAGUAUGAUAAUGUACCCACAUCCCAGCUUUUGAUGCAAAGAGGUGGACCAAAAUCUCGUGUUAAUAAGUAAGG